AUGGGAAAGCCAACAUAUACACAAAAGUUCCGUCAAGUGUGGAAGACGGACAAACUAUUUAUGGACUGGCUGCAAGAAAUGAAGGAUGAUCCUGAAAAAGCUUACUGUAAGGUAUGUUGUUGUAGUAUCCGUGCAAGAAAGGCUGAUUUAGUUAACCAUAGUGCGUGUAAUAAACACAAAUCUGCACUAAGUGCAACAUGCAUUAGACGUACUGGAUCAUUUCAAUUUAAACCUAAUAAUUUACAAAUGCAGCAUACACAAGCUAGUAUGGCAUUAUUUGUAAGUGCACACAGUGCAAUUAUGGCAAUUGACCAUUUAGGUGAGUUAUGCAAUACUAACUUUACUGGAGAUAAUAUUAAAAUGCAUAGAACAAAAUGUUCUAGAAUUAUCAUUAACAUUUUAGCCCCAUUUUUUGUUAAAGACUUGAGAAAUGAUAUAGGACAGUCUAAAUAUAGUUUGCUUAUCGAUGAAUCCACUGACAUAUCCGUUUUAAAAUAUCUUGGAAUGGCAAUAAUUAAUUACAGUAGAGACAAAAAUGACGUUGUUACAUCUUUCUUUGCAUUAGAAGAACUGAGAGAGUGUAAUGCUCAAGCUAUAGUUGAUGCAAUGAAAUCUGCAUUACAGGAGUAUAACCUUAAUAUAAAAAAUUUAAUCGGUAUCGGAUCAGAUAAUGCAAGCGUAAUGGUUGGAAUAAAUAAUGGAAACCAUGCAAUCUUAAAACAAGAGAAUCCCAAUCUAAUUUUAAUUAAAUGUGUGUGCCAUUCACUUCAGUUGGCCACAUCACAAGCUUGUGCCGAAACAGUUCCAAGACAUUUAGAUUUUCUAAUUUCUGAAUCUUAUAAUUGA